GACUGAUUCCACCGUAAGAUACAGUCUCGGAGUAACAAAAGCAGUUACAGCCUCUGUUCUACAAUUUUUUCAGCUAAACGGCAUUCCUGGAAAUAUUAAUUCAACAGUGGCAGCUGCGAAACAAAAUAUAUUUAUGGCAUAUAUUUAAAGUGUCAAAUGCGUGCGCAACACAGAAAUGAGUUUAAAACUGCACGUUUUACUUUGUACAGCGUUUUUAAGGCAUGCUAUUAAAGGGUCACAUUUUUAUAACAAUACCAUAAAACCCUAUUCGAUUAAAAAGUUGUACAAAUUCUAGCUUCCUCCUUUAAAAAAACUGUCUGUUGAGAUAUGAUGUGAAAUAUAAUGUUUUGUACUGUCCUAUUUAUUUCCGGUAGCUUUUACUAAAAGCUGCAUACUGAAGAGACCGUAGAAUACGUCGUCCCCUUUCCUGGUUUAUGGCAUAGGGGCUCACGUAAAACAAUUUGACAACCACACAUUUACACGCCAGCCGGCAAGGAACCUUGCUGUACUGCAGCGCAACUUCCGGAUUCUUCACCCUUCCCACAAUUCUCCGCUGCAGACUGCUGGCCUCGUUGCUGAGAUAGUAGUGGAGGGCUGCGGGACUUAACACGCAGUCAGGCCGGAAACGGAAUAGAAUUCCGCGUUGACUAUGUCGGCCCAGGCCCAAAUGAGAGCUCUGUUAGACCAACUGAUGGGCACAGCUCGGGACGGGGAUGAGACACGGCAGAGAGUAAAGUUUACAGAUGAUCGUGUCUGCAAAAGUCAUCUCUUGGACUGCUGUCCUCAUGAUAUUCUUGCAGGAACGCGCAUGGAUCUGGGAGAAUGUACAAAGAUUCAUGAUUUGGCACUGAGAGCAGAUUAUGAAAUUGCCAGCAAAGAAAGAGACUUAUUUUUUGAGCUUGAUGCAAUGGAUCAUCUUGAGUCAUUUAUUGCAGAGUGCGACAGAAGAACAGAACUUGCUAAAAAACGUUUAGCUGAGACCCAGGAGGAAAUUAGUGCAGAAGUGUCUGCAAAGGCAGAAAAGGUUCAUGAGCUGAAUGAAGAAAUAGGAAAACUUCUAGCAAAAGCCGAACAGCUGGGAGCUGAAGGGAAUGUAGACGAAGCUCAAAAAAUCCUUAUGGAGAUGGAAAAAGUGAAAGGCAGAAAAAGAGAAGCAGAGGAAGAGUACCGUAACUCAAUGCCAGCAUCAAGUUUCCAGCAGCAGAAAUUACGAGUGUGUGAAGUCUGUUCUGCCUACCUUGGUCUCCAUGACAAUGACCGUCGACUUGCUGAUCAUUUUGGAGGCAAAUUGCAUUUAGGGUUUAUUUUGAUUCGUGAAAAACUGGAAAUGCUGAGGAGAACAGUUGCAGAAAAGCAGGAGAAACGGAACCAAGAUCGAUUAAGGAGAAGAGAAGAAAGAGAAAGAGAUGACCGAUUGGGCAGACGGUCGAAAUCCAAAAGCAGAGAUCGCCGAAGGUCACGCUCCAAGGAAAGGAGAAGACGACGGUCACGAUCCUCAUCCCGUGAUAGAAGAAGAUCUCGAUCAAGGUCAAGGGACCGACAUAGGCGCCAUCGCAGUCGAUCAGGAAGUCGCAACAGAAGUCAUCACCGUAGUUCGAGGGACAGAGGAUCAAAGCACAAGUAACACCUGUUUAAGGAAACGGCAACAACAAAAUUGGUAUCUAAACUUACAAGAACCUUUUAGAUGAGCAGGGAAUACACAAGGACCAUUAUGGAGACAUCCAAGAUCCAAUGACUUUCCAGAUGGUGGAGCUUGAAGUAUUACACAUAACAUAGUUUGUGUUGCGUUUGUAAAUAAUUAAGCAAUGUUCUACAGAUUACAAUUUACGGUUUUUACUUACCGGAAAUUCAUCUUUUUUUAAACUUAAAUUUUUAUUGUUUGAGCUGUGUUUGCUAAAUAGUAUGCUGCUUGCCCUACAUUUUGAAAGUAGUGAAGUAUAAAUAAAGUAUUCAAUUUGUGAAAAAUUGUAUCUCUUCCUGCAUUAUUAAAAAAAAUAAAUUAUAACCAAAUGCAUUU